AUGGCAGUCCGAAGCACCCAUGAGGACGGCAAGACCGAAGAAUGCGUCCUGCGCGUCGUUAAUAAAUCCAAUUGUCGGGUAAAGGUGGUAUGGGUCGGCUUCGACGCAAAGGAAGCCUGUUACAUGGAGCUCGAACCGGGGCAUGCCAGGCCACAACAGACCUACACUACACACUUGUGGCGCAUCCGCUUCGCAGACACGGACACUCUGGUGGGCGAAUACGCAGGCCCCUCCGCACUGCUUGAGGUGCCCUCCGCGGGCCCCCUCCGCAUCAGCCCCUGGUCCGCCACCGCCCCGCCACCCCGACCCGAGUGGGGCAGCUACUGCAAACGGGGGGAGGCGCUGGGCAUUGAAAUCUGGUCAUACGAAUGCGUGGAUCCGCGUGCCGUACGAAUCGCCGAGCAUAUUGUACGGCGGAUGCUGGAGGCCUCCCCUUCUGAUGUGGUUGAUCGGUUGGCGGGCGGCCGUGACACGGAUUCCACAACCCGGGGGUUGGGGGGCACCCUGGAGAGCCCUACCACCAGCUGCGGGGAGGAGAACCUGCUUAUGGAGGAUGAUAGGUUCUACCCCACGGAGAACAUUCUGGUGCACGAGUUCGGGCACGCGGUGAUGAACAUGGGACUGGCCGCGGAGGACAGAGCCGCCGUAAAGCGACUGUACAACAAAGCUUACCGAAGCGGCCUGUACGACAAGGGGGCGUACAUCAUGGAGAAUGAGGACGAGUACUGGGCCGAGGGGACACAGGCCUGGUUUGACGCCACCAUUCGUACGGACGUCACCUCGGGUGUCAACACGCGGGGGCAGCUGCAGCAGAGGGACCCAGGGCUGGCCGCAUUGAUGGCUCGAGUGUACGGAGAUGGGUCCUGGAGGUACCCUCUGGACAGCCCCCGGCCCUUUCGAUGUCAUCACACCCCGCCUGAGGACCCCAGGCAACAACCCCCCGCGAGCAUGGACGCUGCGACCACCUCAGAGUCGAAGCAAGAGCCCGCCGCUUUCGAACCCAACCCGAGCUCUGAAACCCGGCAG